AUGAACAGAACCAGAAAUAAAAUGUACAGAUACUCUGAUGACUACAUUCCAAGGGUUGAAGAAUAUUAUGAAGAUGCUCCAAUUUAUGGUAACUUAGAAAAUAUCCUCCCAGAACCACUGGACGAAGACUGCUAUGAGCAAAUGAAAGCUCGACCACAGAGAUCUGCAAGUGAUGCACAGGAAGUGGUUGCACCUGCACAGGUACCUGCUGAAGCUCAAAUUUGCUAUGCCUCACUGGAUCACAGCAUGAAGGGGAAACGCAGAAGGCCCAGGAAACAGAAUACUAAUUUGUCAGAUAGAGGAAAGGAUGCACAAGACUGUACAAUGGGUGCCAACGUUUCUCAGAACAAUAUGGUAGAAAGUUUCCCACCAGAUAACCAGGUAGUUGAGGAAAGUAUUCAUGAUGAUCCUGCUAGACUGUUUGGAUUGAUCCGGGCCAAGAGAGAACCUGUAAUCUAGCUGGACUAUAUAAUUCAGCUCAAUGGUAACACCCUAUGAGAGAUGGUUGAAAAAGCAAGAUUAUCAUGUGACACACAGGGAUUGGCAGAGUGACAGUCUACUCAUUUUGCAGCGGAAUGGUACCUUCCUUUGUCUUUAUGGAUCGCAUCCCUACACACUAAAUCUAAUUAUAAUUAGCUAUAUGAAUACAGUUAAGAAUAUCUAAAUAGAAAAAGUAAGAUAAUAAAGUCCAGUUUGCAACUUAAAUGACUUGUAACAAAACCAAAAUGAACAGUAAUACCUAAUAAGGACAAAGUUUUAAAAAUUCAAAGUACAUAGGACAUC